CCUCUUUUUCCUUUUCCUGUGUCGUCACGUUUAGCGGGUUUCCUAUUACCUAAGAAUUCCAACGACGAAUGCGAUCUUCGAAAAGGAAAAUAUUCCACCGUGCUGUCACGGAACCUCGGACCGGGUAUAUAUGUAAAUGCUCGUCGGCGAGUGAGUGAGGGCACCUCACUCUUCGAAGCGGAACGCGAAGGGCGGUGGUGAGAGGGGGGAAAGGUCGAGGGACUGGGCGAUUUGAGACCCCGAUAUGUCGGCCGCCGAUGACCGGCUCACGAUUCUGCGAAAGGACCUCGCGACGCCGACUGUCGACCGCAUCGGAACCAACUUAGUGCCGCCCAAUACCGAGGGCUUGAAGAUCAUCGUCUGUGGCGUGGUGCUGGUUUUCCUGACGGCGCUAUGGACCUACCUGCGAUUUUGGAGCCUCAGACAGAACGGCCGGGCGUGUCUGAUAGAGGACUGGUUUAAUGUUGGGGCGGUGGCUUUGUUCUAUUGUCUCGUGGCUACGGAUUUCGUCAUGGUGCUUGUGGGUGGUAUGGGUUACCACGAUUAUGAACUGCAGGCAUGGCAUCUUGCCCGACUCUUGAAGGCUAUCUACGCUCGCCAAUUCCUAUACGCGGCUUCUUUAGGUCUCAUUAAGAUCAGCGUUAUCCUCAUGUUUAUGCGUUCUUUCUUCGGCACAGUAUUCAUGUUAGCCGCCAAGGCUACGAUAGCUUUGACGGUCGUCUGGAUGUUGAUGAUCGUGCUUGUCAACUUAUUCAUGUGUCAUCCGAUCAACAUGUACUGGGAUCUUCAAAUGCCCGGAGGAUUUUGCGGGGAUCAAAGGGCAGCCUUCGCCUCGGUAGGCAUCGUGGAUAUCGCAAACCAUCUGAUAAUUCUGAUGUUGCCCUUGCCUAUGAUCUGGAAGCUUGGGGUGGAAAUCCGAUAUAGAGUUGCCACCGUCUGUAUAUUCACGAUUGGCAUUCUUGCACUGGUAUUCGGUACCAUUAACCUAUGCAUGAUCCUGCAAAUCGACUACAACGACCUCUCGUACACAGCAGUCCAAACCACAAUUUACGGGGCCAGCGAAAUCGGCGUCGCCAUCAUCGUAUCGAAUUCUCCGCUCCUCCGACCCGUUUUCGACCGAGUGCUCCCGGUUUGUAGAUCCGAAGUCUCAACGUGGCGAGAGAAGGGUAGCGAAAUGGUCAUGGCAAGGAAGCGCAAGAGUACUAAAUCUAGCGGAUUCACGCAGAUGAUGGGCGAAUCGCAAGAGGAUCUUGAGUUGGGUAAUAUGGGAGCGCACCGAGCGCGGCGGAACACGCAUAUCACGGUUGGCAAGCGGCCGCCGUCCCGGGAUGACGAUGAUGACCGCUCCAUACACAGGAUCGUAGUGACGAGCGAGACUAUAGUCAGCAGAGACAAGGGGGAGCUCUGAUUUUCGAAAGAUUUCUUUUCAUCAAAUCCUAUGCGGUCUAGAAAAAAGGAAGCAAAAUCGGGCGGCGAGGCUGGCAUGAUUUUUAUCCAUACGUUCAAAACGAAGGGUCUUCGCAACUAACGUUUAGACCAUUUUCUCAGAGAUGACUGUUU